UUAUAUUUAUAUUUCCAACGAUUUUCUUCCCGUUUUCUGCUCUCCCAAACACAGCCGGCUUUGGUUGACUUGCUCAUCGUCUUCGGUUUUUAUCCUGACGAGUCCAGGCGGAGACUCUCCAAAUCUCUCGUCUCUUGUUGUCUAUGGUUUGAACUUUGAAUACAAUUCCAUCAUCAUCGUCUCCGAUCUCCUCCUUUCUCUCGGCAUUUAUAAAGCUUGUAAUCUGUUUCCGGUGAGUUAUUCUUUGUUCACUAGUUGGUAGACGGCGAGAACUUCGAUAUGAUGAACUCCGAUGCGCCGUCGUCAAGCUCCGGAGGCGCCGGAUCCGCCGAUGCUUCUGCUCCCCGAAGACAAUCGAAGCGCCCUAAAUAUUCGAAGUUUACUCAACAGCAACUUCCAGCUUGCAAGCCAAUUCUUACACCGAAAUGGGUGAUUUCAGCAUUCAUGCUUGUUAGCAUUGUCUUUAUUCCCAUUGGAGUAGCAUCCCUGUUUGCUUCCCGGGAUGUGGUUGAAAUUAUUGACCGGUAUGAUACUGAUUGCAUACCACAAGCCUCAAGAAGCAAUAAGGUCAAAUACAUUCAAACUGAGGGGGAUAAAACCUGCAACAGAACAUUGAGGGUGCCGAAGCGUAUGAAGCAUCCUAUUUAUGUUUACUAUCAACUUGAUAAUUUCUACCAGAACCAUCGCAGGUAUGUGAAAAGCCGGAGUGAUGAGCAGUUGAAAGAUAAAAAAAGUGAGAAUGAAACUAGCGGAUGUGACCCUGAGGACAAAUCACAUGGCUUGCCUAUUGUGCCUUGUGGUCUUAUAGCUUGGAGUUUGUUCAAUGAUACUUACAGCUUGUCCCGCAACAACCAGCCAUUGAAUAUAACCAAGAAGGGUAUCUCAUGGAAGAGUGAUAGGGAACACAAGUUUGGGAAAGAUGUAUUUCCUAAAAACUUCCAGAGUGGAGCUAUUAUAGGGGGGAAAAAUCUCAGCAUAAAUACUCCAUUGAGUGAUCAAGAGGACCUAAUUGUUUGGAUGAGAACUGCAGCUCUUCCUACUUUUAGGAAGUUGUAUGGGAAGAUAGAGGUGGAUCUGGAGGAAAAUGAACAGAUUCACGUGGUUUUGCACAACAACUACAAUACGUAUAGUUUUGAUGGCAAGAAGAAGCUUGUUCUUUCUACUACUAGCUGGCUUGGUGGAAAGAACGACUUUCUUGGCAUUGGCUACCUCACUGUUGGUGGGUUGUGCUUCUUUCUGGCUAUGGUUUUCACCAUUGUAUAUCUCGUUAAGCCAAGGCGACUUGGCGACCCAUCAUAUUUGUCAUGGAACCGCAACCCAGGGGGGCACUAAGCGAGCUUCUUGUUACACAGUUCCAAGGGGCUCAGUUCACUUCUGUUGUUAGUCAAUGUUAACUUGACGUGGAUGAAAUCUUGUACGGAUCUUGUAAUUUGUGGUAGCGGUAGGAUGUUAAGAGAUUCUAUGAUACAUAAUGCGAUGACAAAAAUUAUACGGUUUGUUUAAGAUGUGGCUUGCCAUCUUUCUUAUGCUUUGAUUUUUCCUCUCUGUCUUCCUUCCUCCCUUGUUUAUUUAUCCUUCUAGGGAUGUGCCCUCUAUGGCUAGCCCCUCUCUGUACUCUAUGCCUGUAAUAAUUGAGAGAGAUUGGAAAUUGGCCUAGUGUAAAUACUAUUAUUAUUAUGUUUGUUUGUUCA